GGUUGGUAGAGUGCCGCCCCCCUUCCCCAGCAACUAAAAAUAAUCAUAAAACAAUCCCACUUGUAAUUAAACUUAUCCGCUAUCGCAUCGCCACAUUUAGAUUAGCCGGUGCGCCACCCGCCUGAACAGUACAUUGCAAUCACGCGGCAGAAUACACAAGGAACACCACAAUGACAACGGAAUAUGUGCCGGUGCGCGGCUACCAGGAGCUGCAGAACUUGCUCAACGUACACAAAGCCAGGACGAGCCCCAUCUAUUUGUAUUUCUACGGCGAGAAGGACAGCAAGGGCAACAGCUGGUGUCCGGACUGUGUGACGGCUGAGGAAGGCAUUAUGACGGCAUUCCGGCAGUACACUCGGGACGCCCUUGUCCUAGUGGUGGACGUGGGCAAUCGGGAUGCCUGGAUGGAUCGCUCCGACAACAACAGUUUCCGGAAGCCACCGUUCUCCCUCACCUCCAUACCCAGUGUCUUGCUGUGGAACGGGAGCGAGCGGCUGGACGGCGAUCAGCUGCUCAAAAGCGAAUUGCUCGAGCUGUUCUUCGAGGAGACGGCGAACCGUACGACUUAGCCAACAGCAACAACAAAUAGAAUGCCAUAGCAUGGAGAGUGCCUGCCAGAGUGAAAGAGAGUUUGCGCUCAAUAAAAUAUGUUACCGAGUUUCCCACUCAA